CUUCCUUCAAUUCUGAGACCGAGACCAGCUUAAUUCUCUAUGGCAUCCGCAACAUUGAUGGUCAUGGUCGCCUUCUAUGUGCCGUUGAUUUCGAUCAUGAUCAUUGGAGAGUUCUCUACUGCUCGAGAACUACGACCGUCCAAUCACGGACUACAGUAUCAAGGAUUACAGCAGCAGGCCGCGGAGGAGUCGCCGGAAAUUAAAGAAUUCUUCGGAGGAGCGUCAUCAGCAGAAUCGCCGACAUUGCCGAGGGCAAUGAAUUCAGACAGUCCGAAGCCUUGGUUGAUCGGCGGGGGAGGUGGAGGAGGCGGAAAUGAUCGCUUGAGGCGCGUGCUGCUGGUGGCGAGCUUGGUGUGCGGGGUCACAGGUGCGACGUUGUUGGUUGCUUCCGCGCUAAUCUAUCUGUUUAGGUUUCAAUCAAACAGACUAAAAACCUAAUUAAUUUUCCUGUUAUGAUUUGUUUGGUUUCACUUUAUUAUAUGUUUUAUAACAAAGAAAUACAUCAUACAAGUUUGUUA